UUUUUUUUAAUUUAACAAAUUAUCAUAAUGAGUGACAUCAAAUACAACUUGAAGAAUCCUGGUGUGAAACGAAUUAUGCAAGAAGCAAAAGAACUUGCCAAUGAUAAUACCUAUGAAUAUAGCGCUUUUCCAUUAGAAGAGAAUAUAUUUGAAUGGCAUUUUACUGUACGUGGACCAAAGGAUACAGAGUUUGAAGAAGGAAGAUAUCACGGUCGUAUUUUGUUACCUACUGAAUACCCUUUCAAGCCACCAGAAAUCAUUUUUUUGACAGCUAAUGGUCGUUUCCAACUUCAUACAAAGAUUUGCCUUAGUAUCACAGGAUUUCAUCCCGAGUAUUGGCAACCUGCCUGGGGAAUUCGUACAGUUUUACUUGCAAUUAUUGGAUUUUUCCCUACUGAAUCACGAGGAGCUAUUGGUGGAUUAGAUUAUCCAAAAGAAGAACGUCAAAGAUUAGCAAAAUUGUCAGUUGGAUGGACCUGUCCAAUUUGUGGAAUAAAUACUAAAGAUGCAUUAAGUAAUAUACUACCUGAAAAGCAGACUCAUUUAAAGGAAGAAUUACCGGAGUUUGUAUUAGCCUGUAAAGAAGAAAACAAAUUAGAUGAGAAAGGAAACAAUAGCAAUAGUAGUCAGCAAGAAAAAGAAAACAUUAACUCUAAAGAGGAUAGUAAAUGUUGUAUUCAAGACUCAGCUAAUAAUAAUAAAUCAUUACAAAUAGUAGAACAAGAGACUUCUUCUAUUGGAGAUUCAUGUCAAGUUGACCCGGAAAUUCGAUCUGCCCGUGUAAUAGCAGUUACCCAAAAUAAUGCCAGUCCUGCUACUACAGCAAGAAAUUCAUCUCAAGCAGUACCUUUAUGGCUCGAUGCGUUAAUUGCAGGGCUAGUUUCAUUUAUUAUAGUUUUAAUUUAUCGUAAAUAUUCUUUCUAGCCCUAAUGAUUAAGUAUACCCUACCCUCUCUUUUUCCCCCUCUUUUCUAUAAACUACAAUUAUAUUCUUUAAGCAUAAAUAUAUUGCAUAUAUAAUAUAAGUUUAUGGUUGUUUAGCGUUGAAAAUGUAUACUAAUAAAUUAUCUCAAUAAUUUAUAUUUUACAUUUA